GCUAUAUAAACCGCGCGAGGCGUCGUUGCCUCGUCGGCGAAGUCAAUCCGGCGAUCCCCGGCGAGCGAGAGAUCGAAGCAAGCUGCUACACAGAUCUCACGACAUGGCCGAGGCGGCGUCGGCGGCGGCGGCGGCGACGACGGAGCAGGCGAAUGGGAGCAGCGGCGGCGAGCAGAAGACGCGGCACUCGGAGGUCGGCCACAAGAGCCUCCUCAAGAGCGACGAUCUCUACCAGUACAUCCUGGAGACGAGCGUGUACCCGCGCGAGCACGAGUGCAUGAAGGAGCUCCGCGAGGUCACCGCCAACCACCCAUGGAACCUGAUGACGACGUCGGCGGACGAGGGGCAAUUCCUGAACCUGCUGCUGAAGCUCAUCGGCGCCAAGAAGACCAUGGAGAUCGGCGUCUACACCGGCUACUCCCUCCUCGCCACCGCCCUCGCCAUCCCCGACGACGGCACGAUCUUGGCGAUGGACAUCAACCGGGAGAACUACGAGCUGGGGCUCCCGUCGAUCGAGAAGGCGGGAGUGGCGCACAAGAUCGACUUCCGGGAGGGACCCGCGCUGCCGGUGCUGGACCAGCUGGUGGAGGAGGAGGGCAACCAUGGGUCGUUCGACUUCGUGUUCGUCGACGCCGACAAGGACAACUACCUCAACUACCACGAGCGGCUGAUGAAGCUGGUCAAGGUCGGCGGCCUCGUCGGCUACGACAACACGCUCUGGAACGGCUCCGUCGUGCUCCCCGCCGACGCCCCCAUGCGCAAGUACAUCCGCUACUACCGCGACUUCGUGCUCGAGCUCAACAAGGCCCUCGCCGCCGACCACCGCGUCGAGAUCUGCCAGCUCCCCGUCGGCGACGGCAUCACCCUCUGCCGCCGCGUCAAGUGAGCCCGCCGCCGCCGCGAGUGCGACUCCGGCCGAUGCCCAAGAACUAGUCAUUUUAAAUUUAUAAAUUAUAACUAAAUUGUAUAAUUUUUGCCUUUUUUUUUUAAUUUGCAAGCUACUGGAAAAUGUUAUUUAAUAUAUGUAUAAAUGUCGAGACAAUAAUAUUAUUGCAUUAUAAAUUGACCUGGUUUUUGUUA